AUGGCAAAUGACAUGUUAGCGAGGUGGACGCUGGAUCCGCAGUGCCAGAAGGCUGUUGUUUUUGUGGUAUCAACGGAUGACAUGAAGUUCUGGGUAGCACGUGACGACAAGGUGCCCGUCUAUGCCGAUGAAUUCACGGAUAUCUUCAACAGCAGAAGUCCCUUUUCCAACAGAAUCAAUAUCAACAAGCGCUUACCAAUAUUAUGCAGAACGCGUACUUGGUGA